AUGAGGAUUUGCUUAAAUAAAACAGCAAGUGCUGCGGGUGUCAAGAGCAUUGAGAUUCCACAGUCUCUGCAUCUGCAGGACAUCCAAGAUCAAUACGACGGCAGCCAUGCUUAUCACACAAACAACACCUUUAAACAGGAAAUCUUCACAGGAAAAAAUAGCACUGUGAAGAAAGUAAAUGUGGAUCUGGCAAAGUGUCCCUCAGAAAUGGGUGACCUCAGAUCUCCUGAGUUCAGCAGACAGGAGAGCACCAGACAUCUGCAUUGCAAAUCUGUGGCAGAGCUCUCCUCUCUUCGUUAUGCAUUGGACAAGUGGAGAUUUAAGUUGCCCUGGCAGAAGGUAACCAUUGAGGGCCUAAAAAGAGCUCUCAUUGAUCCUAAUUAUCUCAUGCGGCUGGAAGCCCUCAUAACUUGUGCAUCAGGAGCGGUUAAUGGACUACAGCAUUAUCUUGAUCCAGGGAAAGGAGCUCAAUGUGAUGGAUGGAAAGUACAGACAGUACCUCAGGAACUGCAGGAUCUCAUUGUCUCGGCUCUUAAUGACCCGGUGAGGAGAGUUCAGAUGGCUGCUGCAGUGUGCCAGUAUGUCAUGAGGACACCUAACUCACGAGCCAAAGACAUACUGACGUGCACAUUAAAACAAGACUUUACAGGCACAGGUGCUGACAGCUGGAUGGCGGCACAAUGCCUGGCAAUUGAUGGUGAUACAAGUCAAAGUGUCAUACAGAGACUUUUGUCCCAACACUUUCUCUGCGAUUCUCCUUCGGAUCAGAAGCAGUCCUUGGUUUUGCUCUCCAGCAUUAGCAGGAAAACUACAUUAGUGCGUUCUCUUCUGGCUGAAGAAUUAAGCAACGCUAAUUGGAGAAUUCGAUUUCAGGCCUGUAAUAGCAUUGCACUGCUCAGAGGUCCAAUCAAUAAGGACCUUUGCAACAAACUGAUUCACAUGAUGUGGAAUGACUGGAGCUGUGAUGUUCGUAAGGCUGCAGCUCAGGCUUUGAGUAAACUGGACAGGGAUCUGCACAUUGAGCUGAGUGUGAAGCUCAAGCGGGGUCCAAAUGCUCAGCGAUUGGAAGCACUGAUGUUCAUUGGUCAGCUUAAUAUAAUGACACCCAAGCUACUGCCUACUUUCCUGCAGUGCUUUAAUGAUGACUUUGUGGCUGUGCGCAAACAGGCCUGCUUGACUGCGGCAUCUCUGAUAAUUAAAGACCAGACGGUCCUGGAUCAGUUAAUUAACUUGAUGCAGAAUGAUCCAUUAUGGGAAGUGAAAGUGGAAGCGAUGAAUGCUUUAGGAAGAAUAGGUUGCAUAACCCCAGGUCUGCAGGAGUUGCUGAUGUGGGCUCUGCAUCUUGAGGAGGAGCCCAGUGUACGCAUAGCUGCCUGUGAAGCCCUGAGCUCUUUAGAAGCAAAGGGCCCAGAAUUACAACGUUUUCUACAAGAGCGAUAUUCACUGGAAUCCAACACUGAGGUUCAAAGGCACAUCGAAGGACUACUAGAAAAAUAUGGAUACAGUCUGGAAGGAGAAGAAAGCACAAUUCAAGAGAUCAAACAACAGGUGGAGCUGUUGUGUUCAAAACACACAAUUUCAAUGAAAGUGCUUGUAGUGGAAGAGAUGGAAAAGCAGCGACAGCAGAUAUCACUGUGCUGAAUUUACCGUUACAGAAAACGUAAAGGCCAUUAAAGGAACGAUGAACCAAAUGUUUUGAGUUGUUUUACUCAAAAACAUCCAGUCACUCUUUUUUCAUUUAGUUUACAGUUGUCAGGCAGGCUAAUAAUGUUCAAAAAUAAAACUAGGAUCCAACCACGACUCUAACCUACUUUCCUUAAGAUGCUUUUUAAGAGUAUGGUUUAAUUUGGAUAGUUAUGUCUGUUCUUUUUGUCAAAAUGAUUUAGAAACUCAAUAACAUGUUUACUACAGCUACACUAUAUUGUUAAGCAAUAGGAUAGAUUAUAAUAUGAUUGGUUGGAUAAACAU